GAAUUAAACAUUGAAUUAUGGUCGAGCAUAAGAAAAGAUCUAAAACCCCAUCGUGAAAAGACAAAGGUCCGACCCGUGAAAGAAGAGGUAAUGUUGGAAGAACAUGCGUCACAUUGUAAAAAAAAACUAAUGGGACCCGAUGAAUAUCAUAGAAAAAAAAAUUCUAUCAUCUUUUACCGCCUAUUAUUUUAAACGCUAUGGUGUAUGAUGCCUUGGCAGCGUGGGCCAAAACAUUUUCCGCAAAGGACAUCUUAUUCAUGCAGAAAAAUAAUCUGCUGCAGUCCUUUGUGUUUUUCCUGGUGGUCGUCAAUGCAUUAUCCUGCCUGCUAAAUUUUGCUGGUAAAGUCAUGCAAUUACUGUACUGCAUCGCAGUAGAACACGGCACCUAUUGCCCAGAUAAUUGGAGACUCAUGAUGGAUUAUCCACUACUGGGAUUGUCUCUGGAAGAAGUCUGGUCAAGUCGUUGGCACCGUAUAUUACGUCCUGCUUGGGUCGCUAGUGCAUUCAAACCUCUCUAUUAUAUCGUUCGUACAUGGACCAACGAGAACCCAAAAUACAAGCAAUUAGCCAUUGGUCUUGCUUCCAUGGCUGUCUUUGUGGUGUCUGGCAUGACACACGAAUAUGUUGUCCUGUGUAACACUGGAUGGGAACUGUACAAGAAAACAUUCAUAGGAGAUCAAAUGAUCUUCUUUUGUACACAUGGUAUUUUGGUGGUAUUGGAAAAAGCCGUUAAAUACAUUUACACAAAGGUCUUGCAUUUACCUGCCAUGAAUUCAGGUAUUGUGAGAAUGGUGCUGCAUUGCUACGUCAUUGGUGUAUGUUACUAUUUCUUCCAUUAUUUCAUUAACGGUAUUGCUCAUUGGGGUCUUUGGAGACUAGAUAAGAUUACCCCAGUGGAAGAUAUUGUACGUCAUUACCUUUUAGACACGCCUUAUUUACGUUCCUUCUGUGGUUCCCUAUUGAAAUAGAAGGGAAAAAAACCUUUGUCGUUUUUUUAUUGUAUCUUUUUUUUUUUAUUACAUGGUAGGAGGAAAAAGAAGAAGAUAAGGUUGGGAGAAAAAUCAAAGAAGUAGUGUGUGUCCAUAUUCAAAAAAAGCCUUUCCCCAUCAUCUUUUUUUCUCGUUCUUUUUUAUUUUGAAUUUAUAGAUUGUAUAGUUUAGAAUCUAAUGAAAA